AUGAUUACUCGACACGCAUUGGACAGAUCUGGCUUGCAGGGAGACAAGUUUAGGGCUGAGGCUGUGCUGCCAGCUGGUGUGCAGUCAGAAGAUAUGCGGAUUGUGAUGCCCAACGGCUGGCGGGACCGCGUUUGCUUUACUAGCAGCGGGGAGGAUGUGCUGGCGUUCCAAACAAAAGCACGAUUAUAA